GCUCCAAAACUGCAAAUCUUUCAAUACCUACUUCACAUCUGUUCCAUCAGUAUCCCUUUGAUUUCUCCAAUUGGAUUCUGGAGCCAAUGGCCUACAUUUUUCUCAAGUCCUAGCUCAGGUCUGCUUCACAACCACCAGAAGACCCCUAGAUUUCUUAACUUGAAAUCUAAAGCUAAUAGAUAUUGCCAUCUCCAAGCAUCUUCAUCUGUUCCUAUUAGAUAUUUAAAGGAUAGGGUGGAUGAGAGCCAGAGCUUGAGCCUAGAAAGUAUACGACAUUCACUAAUUCGGCAAGAGGAUAGCAUUAUACGCAGCCUUUUGCUGAGAGCACAAUAUUGUUAUAAUGCAGACACGUAUGACCCUGAUGCGUUUUCCAUGGAAGGUUUCAAUGGGUCUUUGGUUGAAUUUAUUGUUAGAGAAACUGAAAAGCUCCAUGCUCGGGUUGGGCGUUACAAGAGUCCAGACGAGCAUGCAUAUUAUCCUGAGCACUUGCCAGAGCCAAUGCUUCCCCCUUUGCGUUACCCACAGGUCCUGCAUCCCUCUGCCGGUUCAAUAAAUAUCAACAGGAAGGUCUGGGAUGGGUAUUUUAAAGAUCUUCUUCCAGAAUUGGUCAAAACCGGAAAUGAUGGCAACUGUGGGUCUGCCGCUGUUUACGACACCAUGUGCUUGCAGGCACUGUCAAGGAGAAUUCACUAUGGAAAAUUUGUGGCAGAGGCUAAAUUUCGAGAAUCCCCUGCUGUCUAUGAGGCUGCUAUCAAGAAGCAAGAUGGGAAGAAACUAAUGGAAUUGCUGACUUAUGAAUUCGUGGAAGCAGCAGUUAAGAAGAGAGUAGAGAUGAAAGCAAAAAUAUUUGGCCGAGACAUAACAAUUGCCUCACAAGUUGAUGAAGCUGAGCCCAUAUAUAAAGUGCAGCCAAGUUUAGUCGUCAACCUGUUUGGCAAUUGGAUAAUGCCCCUCACCAAGGAAGUUCAAGUUGAAUACUUGCUGAGGAGGCUUGAUUAAUGUAUUAUCAUGCAUGCCUCAUCUUUUUUGCAUUUAAGGAACUGGGUUUGAACAGUUUGUUGGACAUCAAUAAAGUCUAGCUUGUAAUA